CCAUCUAACACACUGCAAAUCAGCAGCACACAUGAAAACGUACAAAAAUGAUUUGACUUUUAAGCAAGCUGCAGUUGAUUGUUGCUAGAUACGAGCUGGAUGACACCUAAAUCUAAUCUACCAACGAGUGCAUGGCAUGACAAUUGUGUUUAACUUUACUCUCCCAUCACUGUGGAGAUGACGUUGUAUUUAUGUGAGGAUUUCACAAUGGAUUUAUUAUAAUAGGCUCUUAGGCCCUGUUUGACAGGCGUGGGACCCAGGCUCAGGAUGGGCCACAUGAGCCUCUGUUAUCUUGCCUGUCACCUGCUUUAAGCUGAUGGAGUGACAAAUAGCACAAAAACCAGAGGCUGUGACAGGAAAUGAGAGGAAAGUAGGAGUCCGCUUUCACUGCAACGAGGGGAAAAAGGGACCAAGGAGCAGAGAAAACACUCAAAGGAGAACUGGUGAAGAUAAGAGUUGCUUGGUUCCAUGCACUGUAACGAUGGGGACACUGGUCAAACCAGCGCUGCUGCUGCUGCUUUUAUGGCAGAGUGUUUGGGCUUUGGACAUCCCUCUGGAAAUCAGGCAGCCUCCAACCAUCAUAAAGCAGUCAAUGAAGGAGCAUAUUGUUGACCCCAAAGACACCAUGGUCAUAGAAUGUGAAGCCAAAGGAAACCCUCAUCCCAUUUUCUCAUGGAGGCGUAAUGGGAAGUAUCUCAACGUGGCACGUGACGCUCAAGCAUCGAUGCGAAGGCGCUCAGGGACGCUGGACAUCUACGCCUGGAACAAUCCAGAACAGUAUGAGGCAGAGUAUCAGUGCAUUGCCUCCAAUGAGUAUGGAUCUGCAUACUCCAACAAGAUCAGACUACAACUAUACAGAGCUCCUGUGUGGCCGAGGGAGGUUCAGGAGCCUGUGGUGGUCAGUGCUGGCUUGCCUCUGGUCCUGUCCUGUGACCCGCCACCAGGCCCGCCGAAACCUGAAACCUAUUGGAUGUCCAGCUGCUCAUAUGCGAGACCUUUCAACUGGCCCAUUCAGACAGCUUUCCCCACCAUGCAGCCUGUGCGGCCGGACCGCAGGGUAUCCAUGGGAGUAAACGGAGACCUGUACUUCUCUAACGUCCUGUACAACGACUCUGCUGCUGAUUUCUGCUGUAAUGCCCGCUUCCCCUACAAGAAUGUCAUCCAGCAGAAGAUGCCCCAGGUUGUUAAAGUGCUUACAACUCGCACAGUGUCCGAGGCUGCCCCCACCUGGCUGUCUCCCACGGGCUCGACCAGCUCAAUACUGGUUCUGCAAGGGGAAGAACUGCUCCUGGAGUGUAUCGCUGCAGGAGUGCCAACUCCUCAUAUUACGUGGACCAAGAAUGGUGAUGACCUGGGGGUGACGCCGCGCAUGAAAGUAAAGAACUUCAACAAGAUGAUUAAAAUCCCAAAGGCGUCUUUUGAUGAUGUCGGUGAAUACACUUGCUCUGCUACCAAUAAGAUUGGAUACAUUGAGCACACAAUAACCGUCAGGGUCAAAGCGGCUCCUUUCUGGCUGGAGAAACCCACUGAUCUGGUCUUGGCCCCGGAGGAAAAUGGACGGCUAGUGUGUCGUUCUGAUGGCGCUCCUCGUCCCACAAUCAGCUGGUUCAUCAAUGGGGAACCAAUUGAAACUGCUACACCGCAGCCUAACAGACAGGUAUCAGGAGACACGCUGACUUUACGCAGUGUGACCGCUGCAAACUCUGCAGUCUACCAGUGCAAUGCUUCCAAUCAGUAUGGAUACUUAAUGGCCAAUGCUUUUGUCAACGUGCUGCAUGCAACGCCACGUAUUCACGGGCCCAGGAAUGAACUCAUGAAGGUGGUAGAGGGCAGUCGUACCCUCGUAGACUGCCGCUACUUUGGUUCUCCAGUCCCUGAAUUGCGAUGGUCCAAAUAUGGACAGGGGAAUCUUGAAGGAAAUCGGUUUAAGACCCACAGUAACGGGACUCUGGAGAUCAAACGCAUACAGAUAGAGGACCAGGGAACUUACUUAUGUAUAGUCAGCAACAUCGCCGGAAGAGAUGAGAGUCAAGUCCGAAUAGAGGUCAAAGAGCCUACUUUAAUCGUCACAAGGCCAAAGAGUAUGAAAGUCAUCCGUGGGAGCGAUGUGCGCUUUGAGUGUGGAGUAAAAGCAGAUGUCACUACUCCUGUCACAACCACCUGGAUGAAAGAAAAAAAGCAUGUCAGUCUCGGCUGGAGAAUCGCUCUGGAUGAAUCAAAUCUGGUCAUCACUAAUGUAAACAGAGGCGAUGAGGGCAAUUAUACCUGUGUCAUCAAGAGCGAACUGGACCAAAAGUCUGCCUCAGCACGCCUAAUGGUGAUGGACCGUCCAGAUCCUCCCACUAAGUUGGAGUUGUCAGAUCCAUAUGAACGUAGUGUAAGACUCAGUUGGGUCCCUGGAGAAAGCAACCACAACCCUAUAACAGAGUACUUGGUGCAGUAUGAUGAUGAUGACUGGUUGCCUGGGAAAUGGAGAAACCUCUCGACGUACCCAGGGAACCUCAACUCUGUCAUUCUGCAUCUUUCACCUUUCACCUACUACGAGUUUCGGGUCAUCGGUAUCAAUGAAAUCGGAAUGAGUCGCCCUAGUCGUCCAUCUACGCGCUUCCAGAGCAGCGGCGCACCCCCAGAUGUCAUCCCAAAGAACGUAAAAGGUGUGGGUACAUGGAGGAAUAACAUGGAGAUCAGCUGGGAGCCCCUGACCUGGAGAGAGUGGAACGGGCCCCACCUGAAGUACCUGGUGUGGUGGAGAAGGAGAGAUUCCCGAGAGGAGUGGAAGAACGCAACCACUAAGUGGCUGAGAUACUACAUCUACGAUGCUGAUACCUUCACUCCUUAUGAUAUUAAAGUCCAGGCUGUUAACGACUUUGGGCUGGGUCCAGAGUCUCCUGUUAUCGUUGGUUACUCUGGGGAAGACCGUCCCUUAACUGCACCCCUGAACCUGAGAUUGUCCGACAUCGAGAGCACUCAGGUGACUUUGUACUGGGACUCUGUGACGCGCGGCUCUAUGAUGGGAGAACUGAAAGAAUACAAGGCCUACUACUGGAGGGACAGCAGCCAGCUGAGGUGGCUGAGGGUCAAUAGAGCGAUGAAGUCUAAAGCAUUUCCAGACAAUGAUCCAGAGCCCUCUGGGGUCCUCACUGGGCUCAUCCCCUAUAGCAACUACAAGUUGUAUAUAGUGGUGGCAAACAAUCGAUAUGAAGGGCCGCCCAGUAAUCAUAUACACUUCUCAACGCCUGAGGGAGUACCAUCUGUUCCCAGAUCCUUCAGGAUCCAACAGCGACAUCUGGACAGUAUUUAUGUCGACUGGGACCUGCCAGCAGAACCCAAUGGCGUCAUUACUGGAUAUUCCCUCAAGUACCAGACAGUGAAUGCCACCAGGGGAGAGGAGCUGCGAGUUGAGGAGUUCACUCCAAAUGUAACAAGUUUCUCAGUCCGGCGAUACGACCGCUACACUCGAUACAGAUUCUCCGUGGCGGCACGAACUCGGAUCGGGAUAGGGGAAUGGCAUACAGAGGAGUCACCCCACUACACCACUGAAACGUAUGCUCAGGACCAGGUGGACAUCACCACUCAGGGCUGGUUCAUUGGGAUUAUGUGUGCUGUGGCUCUCAUCGUGCUCAUCCUUCUCAUAGUCUGCUUCAUCAAGAGGAGCCGAGGGGGGAAAUACCCAGUUCGGGAAAAAAAAGACAUUUCAUUGGAGCCAGUGGAUGACAAAGAUCAGGAAGGAUCGUUUGACUACAGGUCUCUUGAAAGGAUAGCACGUGUCUCCACUCUGCCUUACCCACGGCGAGAGGAGGAAAGAGGACUUCAAAGAGGCCAGCCGUCUAUGGAGGCAAUGAUGAAGCGGUCAGACAGUGAUGACAGUCUGGUGGACUACGGCGAAGGAGGCGAGAUACCGUUCAACGAGGACGGCUCGUUCAUCGGCCAGUACACAGGAACCAGGAGAGAUGUCAGGGAGUUGGAAUUUGGUGGAAGUCUGGAGCUCCACUCUCCAAUGAAUACCAUCUACUCCCUGGCGUAAAACUCAAAAUUCAAACUGCUUUCCUUGUCACGUGACUUUACCAUGCUUGUACCCUCCACCUUAAAUUAAGAACUUAUGGUGCUUGUGGUUUGUCUGCAGGAGGGAACAGCUGGAUGUAACCCUCUAUGUCCAUGCAGACAAAGCCACUUUCACGCAUUUAAAGAAGAAAAUGGUGGAAUAAUUGGGACAAUACUAGAGAUCAGAUGCUUAUUCAUCUGAUGAAAAGCAAGCUUUGCCUUUUGUGUUUCGUAUAGGGAAUGGGAAUGUGACGUCACCGACAGCAAGUUGGCCAUUUUUGGAGGCUGUUUAAGGCAAGUGUCAAAAGAUGACACAAAACACUGCACAGUGAAUGAGAUUUAAAAGCCGACUUGUACAUUAUAGAUAGUCAGACACUAAGGUAGGCUAAUGUUAUGGGUUUUAUUUUGCAAGAUACUGGAAGAUUAAAUAUGCAGUAUUAGCCAACGUUUUGUUAGUAUUCAGUUAGCAUAACAUUAUAGCUUAUUUUUGUCCGUAUGAUUGUGUAGAUAGCAUUUGGCUUGUAGAUCUUAAUGUCAUUUACCUACCCGUUUGUAAAUUGGACAUGGGCCUCCAAAGAUUUACAUAUUUUGAACUGACAGGUUUUCACUAACGCCAAAACACAUCAGUGACCGUAAUGUGUGGCAAGCUGUCAAGGUCCUCCUAGUUCGUAAGGAUCGAUAUCAUUAACUAACUUAAAUUUUGUAAUAUAUCGCUCCUUUGCCUCUGCCAGCUUCUCUUUAUACAUCAUGUGUAUUUGUCUUUUGCCCAUACUUUAUACAUUUCUGAUGAUGAACGAUUGACAGAUGACAGAUUAAUGGUCUGGUGACAAAUGACUAUAGCUCCAUACGCUACACUCCAAAAAUGGCAGCACACCCCAGAAUGCUCUGCGAUUCCCAUUUCCUAUUGCAUUUCCUGUAAAUAAAAAUGCUGCGUGUUCGUGCAUGUGCAUACGCGUGAGUACAUGUUCAGUUAUCCUGUCAAUGGAGAGACGCAGGCUGCACAUCAGAGGAGACAGAAGUGGAUCAGUUUAUCAUGUUGAUAAAAGCAGUUGCACAGACUAACUUAACUACUGUUAUUGCAUCUUUUUCUUUCAGUUAAUUUCAAUAAUGACAUUUGUGUUAUUUUUGUGUGUUGGCCGCAUACCAUACUUUCACGAUCAAGGGAGCCACAAUGUACUCCCUGAACUUAUUAUUGCGUAUAUUUUGUUUUAUACACUGGUGUUUAUGGUGCAAUGUGAGAAUAUAAAAGUGUUGUUGGUGAUAGGUGAAGGAUAAUAAAAUAUCUCCAGGGACUAAUGAUUCAUCUGCACGAUCAGUUUGCGAAAUGUGCUCUGCUAAGAGGCAAGAGGUCAAACCAUUUGGGGAAUCAGCAAGCAGCCAUAAACCAGCUGUAAAAUCAGAAGUUGCUCAUGUUUUUCUAUACACUUGCCUUAACUGUCCCCAUUUCUCUCACCAUGGAGAUGGACAGAAAUCAUUAAUCCAGACGUAACAGCUUUAGUUUAUUUGACCCCUAACAUCAUCUGUGUAUUAACCCAGUUAUGUCCUAAAUGUAAAUAAAGUGGAAAUAUUUAUUUCUAGCAUG